AUGGCCUUCCUCAAUCUCCCGUCAGAGUUAAUCCUAAACGUCGCAGACGAGAUCCUAAAUAACCAAGACCUCAGCAGCCUCUCUCAAACUUGUCGAGACCUCCACUCCCUUCUCAACAAUUACCUCUACCGUCGCGACGCACAAUCAGGCAAUCCACAAGCUCUCUUCUGGGCAGCCUACAGGGGCCACGUCUCUACCGCCCGCAAAGCGCUUUCGCACGGCGCGAACAUACACGCAAGGGACACCUCCACCACCUCAUUCCCAAACCACUUCCCAAGCCAAUCGCUCUCCCGACGAUGGGACUCGUGCCCAACAACCCUCCACUUCACUCCUCUUCAAAUCGCAACUUGCUACCUGCGCGAGAGCAUGGUUCGCUAUCUCAUUCGACACGGCGCAGACGCCCAUGGACCCUUCCCCGCCCACCACGACGGCUACCCGUUACAUGUCGUGAGCAGCAACGGCCCCACCGGGCUCGUAAAAUUGCUCCUAGAGAAAGGUGCCGAAGUCGACGUGCGCAAUUCGAAAGGGUGGACGCCGUUGUAUUGCGCUGUGAGGCGGCUUCUUUCUACCCUCACACCGGACAAGGAGAUUGCGACGCGCAUACGGCUGUUGUUGGAUUACGGUGCUGAUCCGGACGCUGCAAGCAAGGCUGGGAAGUCGUCUAGGUUGUUGGCGAAGAAGUGUCGGGAUCCGUAUGUUCGGAUGAUGCUGUUGGGGGGGAAAGCGACGAGGGUCAGUGGUGCCAUCGCCCGUGACGGAGCCCAAACCGAAAAGGCCUCGCAAAAGGUCUCAGAGGCAGAAGCAGAAGAGGAGACAAAAGACGCAGCUGGGAGGGGGGCAUGGGAAUAUUGA